UUUUUGAGUUAGUUUUGGAGAGUUAUGAGGUGCAAGCUUCCGGGAGAGAUGCUUGUUCGCAUCUUUUAAGAUUUCAUUCUGCAGAGAGUGGGACUGGUGUCGUACAGAGAGAGAAAGAGAAGGAAAAGGCUGGCUGAGUGGGGGGAAGGGCCUAGCCACUGGAAUAUGAAGGCAGCCAUGUUGGCUGCUGCCUGAGUGAACGUCACGGAGCAGGGGUAGGGGGUGGACAGAGAAAAAGAAUAGGCCGGAGCGGGACGGUAGAGGCAAUCCGCGUUCAUCCGCUGCCUCAGCUCCUUCGUAUAGUGGUAGGCACUGCACAGCUACCAUCAUGAGUGGGGGUACUCCUUACAUCGGCAGUAAAAUCAGCCUGAUCUCCAAGGCAGAGAUCCGAUAUGAGGGGAUUUUGUACACCAUCGACACCGAGAACUCCACCGUCGCUUUAGCCAAAGUUCGUUCUUUUGGGACAGAGGAUAGGCCUACGGACAGACCAAUACCACCUCGUGAUGAAGUGUUUGAGUACAUCAUCUUCCGGGGCAGUGAUAUCAAAGAUCUCACAGUGUGUGAGCCACCAAAGCCUCAGUGUUCUCUGCCUCAGGAUCCUGCUAUUGUUCAGUCUUCACUUGGCUCCUCCUCAAGCUCUUCUUUCCAAUCUGUGGGUUCCUAUCCACCAUUCAGCAGAAUGCCAGCGUAUAGCCAGUUUGGGCCAAGCCCACUAGUGACGCAGCAGUACAAUGCGGUUGGUGUUGGAGGUCCCUCGUCAUCUUUCAACAGCAACAAAACCAGCUUCGCAUCACUUACACAGACCAGCUCACUGGCUUCGACCGCCAAACCCGAUACAGGUUCACUGAAAUUGCAGUUAGCUUUUCAGGGCCGAUCAAGCCCAAAACUGGAUUCAAUGAGGAAAAGUCCAACAAUGGAACAAGCAGUGCAGACAAAUACUUCUCAGGCCCCCGUGGGCAGGAGGAGUCCUGUGUUAGCCAGACCUCUGCCGUCCGUUCACCAUCACAAACCAACAGAUUCUCAUGAUGCAAGAAAAGUUUUUGAAUCUCAAAAAGGUCUACGGCCAGAAAAUGAUCACUUUAAGAGUGAAAAUCGGGAACCAAACAGGAGGCCAUCAGGGGGUCAGGCUGUCCGGCGAGGGCGUGGUGGGAGCCGAGGAAGGGGAAGAUUCACUGUAAGAAGAGACGGCCCAAUGAAGUUCGAAAAAGACUUCGACUUUGAAAGUGCAAAUGCACAGUUUAACAAGGAAGAGAUUGAUAGGGAGUUCCAGAAUAAGCUGAAAUUGAAAGAUGAUAAACAGCCUGACAAAACAGAGAAGGCUGUAAAUGGUGAAGAUAAAGGUGACUCAGGGAUUGAAACGCAAAACAGUGAAGGAAAUGCUGAUGAAGAUGAAACUUUAGGACCGAAAUGUUAUUAUGACAAAACCAAAUCCUUUUUUGACAACAUUUCCUGUGAUAAUGAAACCAGCUAUUUCUCUUCCAGAGAUCGGAGACCGACAUGGGCUGAGGAGAGGCGGAUAAAUGCAGAAACAUUUGGAAUACCACUGCGCCCAAUGCGUGGCCGAGGAGGCUUCAGAGGACGAGGAGGUUAUGGAUAUCGGGGAGGGCGGGGCCGUGGAGGAAGAGGGAACUAUGGUCCUCCCCGUGGUGGUUAUCGUGGAGGUUUCAGAGGAGGGCGUGGAGGAGGCAGAGAGUUCUCAGACUUUGAAUACAGGAAGGAUAAUAAAGUUGCUGCAUAGUAUGCAAACUGGAUUUCCCUGAAAAAGGACUUUAGAUCUACGCAGUCCAGAAAAUUUGUUUAGUUUCAAACUUAUUUUUGACAGCAAAAGUGAAGAAAUUAAUUUGCUGUACAUCUGUCACCAGCACUGGUAUUUACGUGCUUGACAUCAAAAGGGAGAACACGCAAUAUCUUGUUGUGCAGAAGGUUCGUCUUUACAAUGUUGAGCAUUAAAUAUUCGUCUUUGAAAUAGCAGAAGGAAAUUUCUAAAUGUAUAGAUACGACUAGUAUGUUGGAGCUUUCCAGUAUUUUUGCAUUGAUAACGAGAGUGAUUUCUUAUUACUGAAAAUGUUUGAUAAAAAUGCUGUCAGUUGCAAGAAAUACUGUAUGCAGCUGGCCAUCUACUGUGAUUGCAGUCUGACUGAUACUUUACAGGAAACUACAUUGAAAGCUAUUCAAAUUUAUUUUUUCCAUGGAAUGAUAAAACUUAGCUUUAAUCUGCGUAGGACAAAACAUAAUACUUAAUGCGCGCUGGACAUUUUUUAUGGAGAAAAAGUGGGAUCAGAACAUCUUUCAUGACGCAAGACCCCGGAGAUGACUCUCCUGAGUUAAAAAACUUUCUGGUGUCUGUCAACUGUUCUUUGUUUUAUGAAACAAAAUUUUUCAUUUCGAACAAAAAAAAGUUAAAUUUGUAGCCUUUUUUAAAUUGAGUAAAUUUAGCUCUGAGAUACAAAGCAAAAAGGGAUCCAAAGAGGAAGAAUUUUUGAAUUUAUAUAGCCAUGUGAAACUGAUUUUGAACUUCACGAUUGACAUGUAAUAUAUAGUGUAUAGUCAGUACCCUUGUAAGGUCUUACCCAUAAAAAGGAGCUUGAUCAUAUGAGAUUUCCGUCACUGUCAUUUUUCACUUUCUGUCUGGUUCCUUGCCAUGCUUAUCACAUAAUAAUAAAGUAACUAUACACUAAAUAUUAUUAAAAACUAAGUAGUGUCAGUGAGUUUGAGGAUGUAAUUCAAUCACUUAGGUCUUUGCUCUUGUGUUUCAUGAUAUUCAAAUUGCUUGACUUGAAUUACACUCUUGGUACUAGCUGUGGAUCUGAUCUAUUUAUUUGAAAUUAAUUACAGACUUUGGAGGGGGGGGGGGAGGGGAAUGGCACAUUUGGAUACUUGGCUUGAACUGACACACACAGAACCCCAGGUAAACACACACUCUCUCUCUCACUCUUUCUCUCUCUUUCUUUUUCUCUCUCUGUCUCUCUCUCUGUCUCUCUCUCUGUCUCUCUCAGUAUAAUGCUUUGGAAUGGUGUUGGAAAGGGUUGUCGUUUGCAGAGAGUGGGGUGGAAGAAAUGCAAUUUCUGAGAGUCUAGGAUGUGAGGGAAUACCCUUUUCUUUAUAGGUUACAGAACUCCCAUCAGAGAAAAGUCGGCCAAAAUAUAACCCAUCUAAGACUACACUGUAACCAUUUUAGACUUGGUGAGAUGCAGCCUUGAUCAAGUGUCAUUGACAUGCCAUCAGAACAACACUUGCAAAAAGAAAACCCCUCAAAUUGCAUUCAGCACCAGCUCUUUGAGUUUACUUUUCCUAUUCUGUCAAGCCAUUUUCUUUUAAAGGAUUAGUUCCAAAAACAGUUUUGGGAUUUGAGUUGAUGCCAACAACUUUGACCAGCAAUUGCUUGGUAAAAUGCUGUGAAAAUCCAGGCAGAGGCAGCAGAUUGGUGAUUAUGCAUGAUAGUUGUGGCAAUAUCUGUAUAUUGGUUAUGUGAGUUGCCCCUUGCUCUAUUCUAAAUUAUGCUAAAUGCUACAUGUGUUAUGCAGGUUUAACAUUUCAGCACUUUUUCCUCCUGCUUAACUUUGAAUGUUAACCAGAUGUGCUGCUGUUUACUUGAACCAGACAAUUACAGCAUAGUAUAUUUUUCUGUUUCCCCCACUGACUUAACUUGAGAUUUUUCAUCAAUAAUGAGAAAUAAAAGGUUGUCCAGAAAAUUCAGCUGCUUGGUGUUAUGUUUCAAGGGACUGAAUCUCUUUGCAGGCAGAAUUAAAUAAAGGUUUGAGCAGCUUUGGGGCUGAGUCAUAGAAUCACAGAGUCUUAUGGCAUUGAAACAUACCCUUUGUUUCAACCAGUCCAUGCUGACCAUGUUUCCAAACCAAACUAGUCCCACCUGCCUGCGCUUAGCCCAUAUCCCUCCAAACCUUUCCUAUUCAUGAACUUAUCCAAAUGCCUUUUAUAUGUUGUAACUGUGCCUGCAUCCACCACUUUCCCUGGCAGUUUAUUCCACACAUGAACUAAUGUUUGUGUAAAAAAAAAAAAAAAAAAAAAGGUUGCCUCAUGUCCUUUUUUAAAUCUUUCUCCUCUCACUUUAAAAAUAUGCUGCCUAGUUUAAACUCCCCUACUCUCGGGAAAAGACCCUUGUCAUUCACCUUAUCUCUGCCCCUCAUGAAUUAGGGCAGGGAAUAUAUGAAGUACUUCUGCAGCGAAAGGCUCUGAUUAGGCAACGGCAAUAAGAAUACAUCUGGUUUGAGUGUGAUGUGCCUUGUCUCAAGUCACACUGUUCAGUUGUCCUCACUGGAUUGAAUCGCAGACGAUGGCACUUGGGUGUGAGGUAGGCAAGAAUCCCUGAUUAAUCCAUUCAACUGGGUUUCACAUAUGCUUAUGCCUAUCGGGUGAAGAGUUGAAACUUUCACACCGCAGCAUCUACAUGUGUGAUUAAACCAUUGAGCUGCGCAAAAUAGACAAGAAGAGAGUGAUCCAGUCUUGGAAAAUUGAUCAUGUUUCAACAGUUCUUCUGGGAGAUCUCCUGCGAAUGUUGUGUUCAAGUUGGAGAUGUUUGUUUUGAUUCAUGAAGUGAAGUUGGGAAUUGGGUUGUCUGAUGUUUCAGUGAGAAAGGAAUGGAAUACUUGGCCCCAUAUUGCCCCCAUUUGCCCUUCAGAUUUGUGAGCCUUGCCAAAAAUAAAGGACCAAUUUUUAUUACACGUUUUUUUUUCCAAAUGUGAACAAGCCAAAUACGUAUCUAGGUAUAUGUGACAAUAAUAAAUCAAAGCAAAUGAAACCAGUGUAUGCAGCAUUUGCUGACUUCCAUAUCUUGGGAACCACUGACACCAAUCCAGUGUGAACACAUUUUGGGAGAAUUGGAUGAUGCAGUGAGUUGCAACUUUGUUCUUUUCAAUUUUUCAAGGUCUGGGUACUAUACCAAAUCUCAAGCCGAUGACUGGGAUAACAGACUGCUAUUUGGUAACAGUGCAUUUGAAAAUGUAAGUUUAGGUGAUCCCUUCUAGUUCCUGGAGGUCAUGUUCCCACUGCCCAAGUGGCAGUUUCAAUUGAGAUGCCUGGUAUGAAAAUAGAUAAAGAGCACAGUGAUAUAUAGGUGACCAACGUAGGACUUAGGAUCAUGUAGAGGGCGCAUUUAGAUGGCAUUUGACCUGACUCUUAGGAAUGCUUACAAUAAUUGCUUGGUAGAUCAAAACUUUAAAUAUUGCUAAACAAUGACACGGAAGGAUUCAAUAUUAAAACAAGUUUUCAUUUCAUUGGGUUAAAACAAACUCUGGCUGGGACCCCUGUUGUAAUUAUAUUGGAACUUGAUCAUUGACUUAUUUUUGGAGUUUUUAACUUGGGUUUUCAAUUUUCUUUUGCUCGAUCCCACUUCCCCUCUGCAUCCAAAGCUCAAAUUAUCUGUAGAUAUGAUUUUUUAAAUCUUAUUUAUGGUGGUGAUAGAAUCAUAGUGAUAUAGUGAUGCUGUUUGCUCCUAGCAUUUUGACUUUUGAUUUCCUUAGGUUUGUAAUUAUUCUUAGUUCUGUUUCUUGGCUCCAAACAAGGAAGUAGGUCUGCAACAUAUUUAAUCUGGGAUCAGAUUUGGCAUUAUUUCAGGAUCUAUUUGGUUCAUUAUGUGCAUUCAGUUAGGUUGUAAAAUGUGCUCACGUAAAAGUAUUAGCAUUUUGUGAUUUUUGUUGUGAGGUUUUUAAGAACUGGAAGCUUUUAACCAAAUGCCCAAACAGAGUGAUCACAUUCUGUUCCUGUUUUGAAGUUCUGUAUUCUGUGAUGAUUCAUUCAUUGAAAACUGGCUUUAAAUUUUUGCCAUUUUAAGACUUUGUAAAUCACAGAAUUAGUUUAAUUUAUUGUUGGAUGGUGUCUACAACAGACAAUACAGGCAAGAGAAAUUAAUUUAAAAAAAACUCAGAAUUUGGAUAUGAAAUUCUGGAUAUUUGGAUAUUUCUUUAUUGUUAGAACUGCUAAGAAGCUUUUUAAUGUUCACAAUUGCUGUUGGAUUCGGCUGCAAAUACAUGACCCUGUUUCUUUUUCCUGAUGUAAUAUUUUGAGGUACUUUGUCUCCUGUCCAAAUAAAAUUUUAAGGAUAACUUCUUAAGGCUUUUACAGUGCAAGAAGUUUUACUUGUACAUUCAUUGGCUAGAAUCUAUAGGAUUAGCAAUGUAGAUUUUCAUGUUUGAAUUGGAAGCUAAGCUAAAAUCUGUUUUAAACUACACUGUGCAGCUCAAUAUAAAUCUGUUGUUGAGGGCAAAUAUCUGUCAGUAUUGUUAGGUAAUAUAUUUCGUUGUCGUUGACAAAUGAACUCCAUUGGGAUAUCUUGUAUCAACACUCAUGGUUUGAGGCAAAACAAGGCAAAUGAGUAUCUCAAACCAUCCCCCCCCAAACCACCUUGAGUACCAGAAGUACAUAUUCACGGUAGAAGCAAACCAAUCCUAAAUCAAGUAAAGUUUAAAAACUGGCAAAUAGGAUUGAAGACUGCUCACCAGGGAUAGACUGAAGAAUGAAAUGUCCUGUGGAGCGUGAUUCCGGGACAUUUGGAGGGAUUGGUGGGGAGAUUGGUAAUUUCCUUUGGUGUGGUGCAGAGCAGAGCCACUAUUAAUGGAGGAGAUUGUUAAUGCAGAAGGAUGAUCACUGAGUUUGCUUUAUUAUAGAUUUUUAAAAAUUACUUUUACUGUUUUAACUUUAGGGAAAAAUGCAUGUGGAGUUUGCAUGUUUUGCAUUGAAGGUGAACUAUCAAGGACUGUUUGGGUGCAGGAUCUCCACUGAAAUGUUUUAAUUUUGAGUUACAAUGAAGAAGCACCAGAUCAGUCUAAAAAUCCCAUGCUUUGAAGUGUUUCCAUGUCAUAGCAUCGAAUACAUGAAAUGAAAAAUGUGGAAGUAGUUAUACAUUGUCUAAUUCUUAUGGUGCAUCCCCCCCGCCUCCGGAAUGGCUUACUGAUCUUGAUAGAAAAACAACCCACAAUGUAUGUAAGAAUCUGAAUGCAUAAAGCCUCACGUUGGUGCACGUUUGUGGGCUGAAGUUAGCGUCAAGUAAAUGAACCUCAAGUUCAAGUGGCAAAUCAAGUUGGAAUUGGAUUGCUUUAAAAAACCUACUUGAUUUUUUAAAAUACUAUGUCAUAGGCAUCUGCUCAGUUUUUUUUUGAAGUGCUGUUAGGCGUUGAGACAUUUAAGCACCAGUAAUAAAAAAGACGACUAUACCCAUGGCUGGAUUUUAUAAUUCCCUCUUUACCAAUGCCUUGAGCUUCCUCUCUGACCUGCAUUAGUUAUGUGUAACUGGACCAACAUCUUUUGGGAGGAAAGUGACAAAAGAAAGUUUCUCAUUUACUUGGCCAUCAGUUUUUAAUAGCUUGUAUUCUUAAUGGCAGUGGAAGUUCCAAGUUCAUAAUCUGGUAACCUAAUGGAUUUCAUGUUGUCACAUGGGACUUCUGGCUACAAAUGGAACUGUGUUGGAAAGAUAGUGAAUUGUUCAGCCAAAAUGUAACAUGUAUAGUGCUGUGUUGAGCUCUCAGUGCCCUUGGGAGGAAGAGUUCGUUGAAGACAUGGAAACUAGAUACUGAAUUUCUUUUGACGAGGCAGGGAAAAAAAGAAAUUUUGAUAGAUUUGGAGGUGUUUGUAAAUUUCAUGCAGUGGUUAUAGAGAGGUACCAAACUAUUUUUUAAAAUUAUGUACAAGUUCAAAUCUAAGACAUGAUCAAGUAGCAAUAUUUAAUUUCAUGUAUUGUUCUGCUGCAACAGAGGUUACAGUGCUGUUUUGGUAGCAAGGUUGCAAGUUCUUGUGUAUGCACUUGCUUAUGAAACGUGAGUAACUUUUCUGUCCCAUCUCAUUUGCCCUGCAAUCACCCCACAACCUCCAAGCACCAUCCCUGGCCAGGCCCAGGUUGUGAUAGAAAUAAAUCCAGAUGCUUGGAUUUUUAUUCUUUUAUAGAAAUGGAAAUUAGUGAAUGAAUUUUGACCUAAAAGCGUUAAUAAAUCCUCAUGAGCUUUCUUGAUAAAUUGUACCUGUGUAUCUAUGUAUGUAUUUCAGACAUCUUAUUAAUAAAAAGAAACUGAACAACAA